CCUCUUGGAUCCCCACGGGGUAAUGGGUGUCCUGCUCCCUCGGCCGGCACCGUGAGCCCUGGUUCUCCUAGUGCCUGAGCAGGCCAGGCUCACGAGUGUCUUCGACCCCUGCCCAUCAGGUUGCUGCCAGCCCCAAGCCCCCCCGAGAGCCUCAGCCAUGAGCAACGGGUGGAAGGACCACCUUGGUGCCAGCAGCUCAGAGCCCCUCCCGGUUGUCAUCAUCGGCAAUGGUCCCUCUGGCAUCUGCCUGUCCUACCUGCUCUCGGGUUACAACCCCUACGUGAAGCCGGAUGUCAUCCACCCACACCCGGUGCUUCAGAGGAAGCUCACCGAGGCGCCGGGGGUCUCCAUCGUGGACCAGGACCUGGAUUACCUGUCCGAAGGCCUUGAAGGCCGGUGCCAAAGCCCUGUGGCCCUGCUGUUUGAUGCCCUCCUGUGCCCAGACACAGACUUCGGGGGCAACGUGGAGUCUGUCCUCACCUGGAAGCACCAGAAGGAGCGAGCCAUCCCCCACCUGGUCCUGGGCCGGAACCUACCAGGGGGGGCCUGGCAUUCCAUUGAAGGCUCCAUGGUGACCCUGAGCCAAGGCGAUUGGAUGGGGCUCCCGGACCUGCAGGUCAAGGACUGGAUGUGCAGGAAGCGAAGAGGUCUUCGCAACAGCCGGGCCACGGCCGGGGACAUCGCCCACUACUACAGGGACUAUGUGAUCAAGAAGGGCCUGAGCCACAAUUUCGUGUCUGGCGCUGUGGUCACGGCCGUGGAGUGGGGGACGCCUGAGCCCAGCGGCCCCGGCGCCCGGGACCCCAGCCCCCUAUUCCAGGUGAACGGCUUCGUGACCACCGCGGACCAGAGCCAGCAGCCCUUCUCCCUAUGCGCCCGCAACGUGGUCUUGGCCACUGGCACGUCUGACAGCCCAGCCCGGCUGGGCAUCCCCGGGGAGGCCCUGCCCUUCGUUCAUCGUGAUCUGUUGGCCCUGGAGGCAGCCAGGCGGGCAGGCACCGUGUCCCCGUCCUCGGACCCCGUCCUCAUCGUCGGGGCGGGACUGUCGGCGGCCGACGCGGUCCUCUACGCCCGCCACUACAACAUCCCUGUGAUCCACGCCUUCCGCCGGUCCAUGGACGACCCCGGCCUGGUGUUCAACCAGCUGCCCAAGAUGCUGUACCCGGAGUACCACAAGGUGCACCAGAUGAUGCGGGAGCAGUCCAUCCUGUCGCCCAGCCCCUACGAGGGCUACCGAAGCCUCCCCGAGCACCAGCUGCUGCUCCUCAGGGAGGACCGCCAGGCUGUGUUCCGGGACCCCCAGGGCCUCCAGAAGGUCUUCGGCAUCGCCCUGGUGCUGGCCCUCAUUGGCUCCCACCCUGAUCUGUCCUUCCUCCCGGGCGCAGGCGCUGACCUCGCCACAGACCCCAACCAGCCACUGAGCGCCAAGAGGAACCCCAUUGAUGUGGACCCCUUCACUUACCAGAGCGUCCACCGGGAGGGCCUGUACGCCGUGGGGCCACUGGCCGGGGACAACUUUGUGAGGUUUGUGCAGGGCGGGGCCCUGGCCGUGGCCAGCUCCCUACUGAGGAAGGAGGCCAGGAAGCCGCCCUAGCACCUGGCCUGGCAUCCUUGCACCCAGGCCCUAAAGAGGAGGGGAGAGCCCCACGGCCCUGCUGGACGCAGAGCCCGUCCCAAGAUGCCCCAGUGAUGGGAGGGGGCCUCUCCUGGCAGGAGACAGGAGCGGCCACGAGCCCACGCAACGGCCCUCUCAGAUGAAGAGUGAGAAACCCAGGCUGCCAGGACUCAGACCAGGGUGGAAACUGACCACAGGACAGGGGAGGCCCAGAGCUGUAAUUGGGGGUGAAAGCUGCCGGUGUGAGCUGGGAUCACCGGGGCCGGCUGAGCACCGAGCCAGGAGGACCCCGGGCCCUGCUCUUUCCAGAAUCGGGUCCCAAAUAAAACCAGCGCCUGCCU